AUGAAGUUCGGAAAGAGCAUACGGAGGGAGAUGCACAAUCACCCCGGGAUGCACUACCUGGGAUACAAAGGGUUAAAAAAGUUAAUCAAACAGAUUAGAGAAAGUCAGAUGGAAGGAAGGCAUACCGAAAGGAAGCAACUGAGUGUGCAGUUCGAAAACAUGUUGCAUUGGGACUUGGAUCAUAUUGAAAGGACGUUUAGGAAAAUCUUUCUUGAAAUUAAUCGGAUGAAGAAUGAAAUUGAGAAGAGAUUUUCUUCUCGCAUUUUCAACAAUGAAGAGUUAAAAGUGAAUAAAAAAAUAUGUUCGUUUGAUAAUAUACUGGAGAUGGUGAAGGAGGGGGGGGUGGUGUCUGAGGAGGUUCUGGAUUUUUGCAUCCGGUUGAGUCUGCUAUCUAAUAAAUGCAAAGUGAUUCGGACCUACGUCGUGUACAAUUACGUGGGGUUGGUGAAGAUCCUGAAGAAGAUGCGCAAGCGAUGCGGAAGCGACGCCGAGGAAGAAGCGGAGAAGAAAGCAGACCAACAAGCGGAGCAGUCCGAGAGCCGCGCCCAGCUGGACCACCUCACCUCCGCGUCAGACAAAGUGUCAAAUGGCAUGUCAAGCAGCGUCCCCAUCAGCGUCCCCAUCAGCGUGGCGAACAUUGUGGCCACCUACUCAUGGUGCCUCUCCGAUGAGCUGCCCCAACUUAUCACCUCAGUGAAUAUCAUCUCCGACGAAUUCAUACGGCAGUUGUGCAACUCCCCCGUCACGUCGGAGAAAUACACAUGCCCAAUCUGUCUGUGCCUCAUUCACGAUCCGGUGACUUUAAACUCCUGCUUUCACUCCUUCUGCUGGAACUGCUUAGCCACAGCGAUACAGAAGUACUCCAUCGAUAAAUGCCCCUCGUGUAGGACCAAAAUUGUUUACGAUCGGGAUUCUUUCAAAAUUGACGGCAUUUUGGGUCAAUUUUUGAAGAAGCACUUUAUGAGCGAGCCAGCUGCAGGGUGGGGUAGCCACCCACGCGAUGGGGGACCCUCACGUGGAGACGAGGCGUACCAAGAAGGACCAGAAUGGGACGCAUCUUUAUCCAUCACCGAGUGCGCCUUUCAAAACGAGAGAGGACCCCUGGAGGCCAAGAAAAACAAGCUAAUCGGGAGAAGCACACGGGGUCGAAUCGGUGCGGAGAUGUCGACACGUGGCACAGCAACUGUAGUGGAAAGAAGUGCACCCUCGGAUGUCGCGGCGCCGGAUACCGCUGACCAGGAUUUUGCUGAGUCCAUUUUAUCACACGGCAGAAAGGACAAACCUGAUCAGGCUAGAGACCAUUUCUUCCCGUGGCACUCCGCCCCUGAUGACGGCGAGACGGAUCCCUGGGAAGAUUUUGACGAAUACUUGACCGUUUUGAAUAGCGUUGAUAAGAAUGUGAUGGAGGACAGGGGGCGUGAGAGUGACAGCUGCAGCGAGGAAUGCCGCGAUCAGUGUCGCGAAGGCCGCUUUCCCCAGUCGGACACGACAAAGUUGGGGCCCAAGGGAGGCGCGCCGGACACGUCGUACCGCCUGGUCAGCGACGUCAUUAGCUACACCUUUAGCUAA